AGCUGAACUACGUUACUGACGAAUUCCAAAACUCGAAAGAACUGAAAGAGAGCAGGACGCGCUUCAGUGGGCUACUUUCUGCAAUGUGUUCAGAUGAAGAGCGCGCGAUGACUGGGGGCUCAGGUAACGGAAAGUUGCGUCAGUGGCUGAUCGAGCAGGUGGACACUGGAAAAUACCCUGGACUCGUGUGGGAGAACGAGGAGAAGAGCAUCUUUCGGAUUCCGUGGAAGCACGCGGGCAAGCAGGACUACAACAGGGAUGAGGACGCUGCGCUCUUCAAGGCUUGGGCGCUGUUCAAAGGCAAGUAUCGGGAGGGGAUCGACAAACCUGACCCGCCAACGUGGAAAACGCGCCUUCGGUGCGCUCUCAACAAAAGCAAUGACUUCAAUGAGCUCGUGGAGCGCAGUCAGCUUGAUAUAUCGGAUCCAUACAAAGUGUAUAGGAUCGUUCCGGAGGGAUCAAAGGCGAAAGCAUCAAGAUCGUUUGAAGAUUCACAGUCCAAUUCAAGCUCGCCCAGCUAUCCAAUACAUCCACCUUAUGCACCAGCAGCUUCUCAGGUGUGCAAAUACAUUUCUCCAGCAGAGAGAGGAUGGAGGGAUUACCCCACCCUGUCUGAGAUCCCUUACAGCCAGAGCCCAUAUACUUCACGCUGGGACCCUGGAUACCAAUUCAGUGGCACCUUCUACAGUUGCACUGCUUCAGAUCCACAGCCCUCACCGUUCUCCCUGGAUGCCAGCAUGAGAUCAGCUGAGGCUGUGGCCCUUUCAGAUUACCGCUUACAUGUGAUGGUGUUUUACCGGGAUGCUCUGGUACGAGAGGUAACAGUGAGUAGUCCAGAGGGUUGUCAGCUGGGCCCGAGCAGAGAGGGACAGAUCUACGCUUCACCUGGGGCCCCAGAACUGGUUGAACUCCCUCAUGCUGAAGGGGCAUCACUGGAGCAUGGCGUUAUGCUCUGGAUGGCCCCUGAUGGGUUGUAUGCCCGGCGUCGCUGUCCCUGCAGGGUGUACUGGGAGGGAGCUCAUGCACCACCUACUGACAAACCCAAUAAACUGGAGAGAGAGCAAACAUGCAAACUGCUGGACACUCAGCUUUUCAUAACAGAUUUGCAGAGUUACUCCCUACAUGGUCGCCCUGCCCCGUGUUCCCAAGUGCUGCUGUUCUUUGAGGAGGAAAGCACUGAUGCACAAAGACCAAGAAGAACCCUUACAGUACAGGUUGAGCCACUGUUUGCUCGCCAGCUUCUCUUUCUUUCUCACCCUGGCAGCAUAAACUACAUCCGCACUCAUGAGCUUUCACACUUGCCCCCUGAACAUGCCCUCUCUCCAUGUCAAGAUUUCCACAGAGUCGUCACGCAUCACCAUAACAGCGGCCCUUAAAAUUGACCCUAAACAGCUUUUCACACUACGCUUAACCUUGAGUUAAUGUCCUUUUUUAAUCCCGGGUUAGAGUCAGUUUUAACCCUGGGUUAGCAUGGUUUAUCAAGAGUGAUUAAGAGACAUUUCCAGAGAUGGACAAGCAGUUUUUAUGCAGGUUUUGUGCUUGCAACAUGAUGUACUUGUUCAAUAAUUAUUCAAAUAAACAUGUGAAUUGUCAGAAUCUAGAUAACCCAGGAUUAUGUUAACACAGUAUUAAAAGUGACCCAGGGUUGGCAAUUUCAACAAUGAAAGGCCCAUUCAUAUUUCCAAGCUAAAGCUUAACAAGCAAAUGGUGGAAUUCAGCAAUGUAAUGUAACUCAAGCUUCAGUUCCUUGGAAUGGAGCAGAACCACACCAGAAUAAUGUGCUAAUAGAUUGUUGCCAUAAAUCAUGUUUAAAUCUGAGAAAGACUCAAAGCAUAUGGCUGUGUACAAAUCACUAGAAUAAAUUAUUGUAUAAUGCCAGCAUACCCUUAAAGUGUGGGCUGUUUGCUGACAUGACAUAGAGGAAUGUAAAUUGUGCAUAUUAGCUGUGCAUUAUUGUGUUUGUCACACAAGCAUUGUUACAUUUAUUUGAACUGCAAUGCAACUGUAUUCGGAAUGUAAAAGCCAAAGAAUUUGAUGUAUAUAAGCUAUGCAUGUACUUGUUUUUAAAUGGAAAUUCUUUUCUAAACUUUUACUUGUACAGUUCUGACAAAAUGCUCUACUUUUAUUCCACUACUUUAGCUUUUUCAUGUUGUAAUGCCCAGAGUGCCUAAAAUGUGUCAUAUUUGUGUCAAACUUCC